CGCCCGACUGCGCCGCUGCCUGCCUCGCCAUGGGUCGACAGAAGGAGUUGAUGAAUCGUUGCGGGGAGAUGCUCCAUAUCCGCUACCGGCUGCUUCGCCAGGCGCUGGCGGAGUGCCUGGGGACCCUCAUCCUUGUGAUGUUUGGCUGUGGCUCCGUGGCUCAGGUGGUGCUCAGCCGCGGCACCCAUGGCGGCUUCCUCACCAUCAACUUGGCUUUUGGCUUCGCUGUCACCCUCGCCAUCUUGGUGGCUGGCCAAGUGUCUGGAGCCCACCUGAAUCCUGCUGUGACCUUUGCAAUGUGCUUCCUGGCACGAGAGCCCUGGGUCAAGCUGCCCAUCUACACACUAGCACAGACGCUGGGGGCCUUCUUGGGUGCUGGGAUUAUUUUUGGCCUGUACUAUGAUGCAAUCUUGGCCUUUGCCAACAACCAGCUUAUCGUCUCCGGCCCCAAUGGCACAGCUGGUAUCUUUGCCACCUACCCCUCUGGGCACUUGGACAUGGUCAAUGGCUUCUUUGAUCAGUUCAUAGGCACAGCCGCUCUUAUCGUGUGUGUUCUGGCCAUUGUUGACCCUUAUAACAACCCUGUGCCCCGUGGCCUGGAGGCCUUCACUGUGGGCUUUGUGGUCCUGGUCAUUGGAACCUCCAUGGGCUUCAACUCUGGCUAUGCUGUCAACCCGGCCCGUGACUUUGGACCCCGCCUUUUCACUGCCCUGGCUGGCUGGGGCUCAGAAGUCUUCACGACUGGCCGUCACUGGUGGUGGGUACCCAUCGUCUCUCCACUCCUUGGAUCCAUUUGUGGUGUCUUUGUGUACCAGCUCAUGAUUGGUUGCCACCUGGAGCAGCCCCCACCCUCCACUGAGGCAGAGAAUGUGAAGCUGGCCCACAUGAAGCACAAGGAACAGAUCUGAGUGGGCAGCAGCCACCCCCACCCCCUGUUCACUCUCUUGAGUGUCCACUGACUGUGGGGGGCCACUCUCUAAAAAACCCCUUGUGAUGCCUCUCCAGGCUAAAACUCUCCCUGUAUCCACCCCUGCUGAAUGGCCCCUCCAGAAUUUCUACUGAACUCUGCCCAUUAGGGCAUUAGGUUCCCACCCUUAAGCCAAGGUAGGAAUAGCAAGUAAGACCAAACAUCAUCCUUUUGUUUUCCAAAAGGAAGAGGAUGGAGAGAGAGAGAGAGAGAGAGAUGGAGAGAGAGAGAGAGAGAGAGAGAGAGCGAGCGAGCACAUGUGUAAAUGUGUGUUGGUGUGCUGUUUUCUAGGCUGAAUGUGAGGGCAAGGGACCAAGUUUUCAAAACAAACUCAAGGGAGCCCAGGGGAAUGGAGAAAAUGAGUCAGGAAAGUGCCAGAGUGUGCAUGCCUCAGAGACUCCAUAGGGAGGUGGGCCCAGAAGUGUGUUUCUAAGUAUGUGAGUGUCCGUUUAUUUGAAAUGGACUUCUAGGCUUGGGGAGGGGGCAGGGAUAAGAGGGGUGUAGCUCACAUCUGGAGCUAUGAUCCUUGACUAGGGGCUGUGUAAUAUGUUUCUGUUAUAAGAUAGACAUUGGGAGGGGCUGAGGUCCAGGUUGUAAGUUUCAUAAUUUUUUUAAAUAUAUAAAUAUAUACAUACAUAUAUGUUACAGUUUUAGGACUAGGGGUGGGAAACUCCACUUUUUAAGAGGGUUUUACUUCCUUUAAUCCUCCAAUCAACAAUGUACUGUUGCCUUUUAUAUGAAAAAAAUAAAAUGUAUACAUGUGACAGCAA